CAGAAUUGACUGACUUUGACGUGAUGAAAAUUGAAAGCUCGCCUCAUACGAAAGCUGGACGGCCUGUCAGACUGUCGUAUGACUUAUUUUCGACGAGUUCAUUCAACCGAACGUGAAGAUCGAAGACAGUGUUACGAGAAAAAACAUACAACAGCAUCCGCGCUUUGUUUCUUCCCCGCAACCGCAUCAUCAGAGUAGACGACAGACGGAUUCGUUGAAUUUAGCUAUGAUUAAUGAGAGUGAUGUCGAUCCCUCGCCAAAAUUGAACGUUAACAGUGACAAGUUCAACACCAUCGAUAAGAGAUCGUGCUCUAGACCAACUGCAAGGUCGCUUUGACUCAGCCGCAUGGUAGAAAAAUCGUUGUUUUGUGAUUUAUUUUGCUGAUACUGUCGGAGAAUGACUAAUUCACAGGUUUGGUUCAGAGGUGUGAGGAGCUCUAAAUUCAGACAUGUAUACGGGGAGCCAGCAAAAAGGGACAAGUGUUACGACAACGUCAACGUCACGAAAAACGCCCACGACUCUCAGUUCUGCGCUGUGAACCCCAAAUUCAUCGCGAUUGUGACCGAAGUUGCUGGAGGUGGCGCUUUUGUGGUCAUCCCCAUAGACUGCACUGGGAGGCUGGAUUUCAAUGCCAGCAAGGUAACUGGGCACAAAGGCCCUGUCUUGGAUAUCAAAUGGAACCCGUUCAAUGAUAACGUUAUAGCUUCAGCAUCGGAUGACUGCACUAUCAAAUUAUGGCACAUCCCAGAUUCUGGUCUCUCCCAUCACCUGACAGACUGGUUGGUAGAGCUUCAAGGACACAAGAGAAGAGUGUCUUACAUCGACUGGCAUCCCACAGCCGAAAAUAUCUUGUUCAGCGUUGGAUUCGACCAUAUGAUCAUCGUGUGGAACAUAGAGAAAGGGGAAGCUGUCAACGUCAUAGACUGUCAUCCGGACGUCAUUUACUCGAUGACCAUCAACAGGGACGGCAGUUUGAUAGCGACGACGUGCAAAGACAAGCAGCUGAGGGUGAUUGAACCAAGAUCGGGCAUAGUGAAAUCGGCGGGGUUCUGCCAUAUGGGCUCGAAGGCCAGCAAGGUGACUUUCCUGGGUACCAGUGGCCGUCUAUUGACCACCGGUUUUUCGCGGCAUUCCGACAGACAGUACGCGGUGUGGGACCAAAACGAUUUGGGCAAAGAAUUGUUUUCCGACACCGUUGACAGUUCGUCGGGCGUUGUGUUUCCAUUCUAUGACUACGACACGAACGUUGUCUUUCUGGCCGGGAGGGGGGAUGGUAACAUAAGGUAUUACGAGGUGACUGACGAGUACCCCUACGUGCAUUUCUUGAAUCAAUUCCUAUCUGGAUCUCCACAGAGGGGUCUAGGGGUGAUGCCUAAGAGGGGACUGAACACGUCUAUUUGUGAAAUAUACAGGUUCUACAAACUCCACGCUACCAAGGGUAUUUGCGAGCCGGUCAGCAUGAUAGUACCACGCAAGAGUGACCAGUUCCACGAGGACAUCUAUCCGCAUACGGCUUCUUCGAAGCCUGCCCUCACUGCCCAAGAAUGGAUAAGAGGAUGCAACGCCAUGCCUGUUUUGGUCUCGAUGAAGACAGGCGACAAUAUACAACACCAGUUCCCGAAAAAACAAAAAUUGACUUCAGCGAUCAUCGAGCCGCCUGCGAUGAACAACAACAGGAAAAAAUUCGCCUUUCUCUCCACCGAGACCACCCCAGAUUACCGACCGAAGGAUCUGCUGAACGAAAAAAAUUUAAAAACCAACACUAACCAGACCACGAAGUUCCAAGAGCUCCAGCAGAUUUUUGGUCAUGUGGAAGUGACCAACGAGAUUCCCCUGAUCAAGGACAUCACGAAUAACGCGGAGAACAUAACGGAAAACGACCUCAAGGCCGCCUACAAGCAACUGUCGGACGAGGUGAGGAAGAUGAGAAAAAUAAUCUCGCAGAAAGACAGAAGAAUAAAGGAAUUAGAGGAGACGGUUAAGAAACUACAGAGCAAUAAGAACCAAAACUAAGGUCUGUUUCAGUUUAAACUUGUUUAUAUAGUUUAAUUUUUUACUUCUUUGUAUAUUUUGUAUUAAAAUGUGAUAAUCGUAUUAGUUGACUUUAGAUUUUAUAUUUGUUUUAUUUAUUAAUCGUUAAUUUCGAUUUUUAUCUUAAUUCAGAUUUUUCAUGGUGAUAAAACCAUUCCAGUUAUUGAAUAAAACAAAUGAUAUAUGCGCUUUAAUUGAAAAAGUCUCAAAAGCUAGCGUACAAAAACGUUUUCGACAAGCUUAUUUUUAUAGCUUGAAAUUUUUGUAGCAUAGUCAUAGGAUAUAUUUUUUUACAUUGAUAAGCCGAGAUAAGCAUAUAUGUUCUACUUUAAUACAACAUCAUCAUUGUAAUACUUUAGUAAAAAUUAAAAUUUUACACAUUCAACUUUGAUGAAAGCUUGUUCAGCCAAUCUUUGAGAAGCUUUUUAUCCGUUGUUCAAUUAUUGAUGAAUUUUUAGUGAAAGCUUAGCUUAUCUGAAGUUUGUAUUGAAUUUCCUCGUCUUGUUCGAAGAUUUAUAACAUUCUCGAUGUUGCUAUAGUGAAAUUUGAAUAAAAGUUUUAUUUUCCA